GGAAGAGGAGCGGCGGUUAGUAACGGCUCCUUUCCUGAAGUAUUAGUGUUAACAUAACUGACAGAGAAUCGUGUUUUUCUGGUUAUUUAACCACGAUUAAAGUCGCUUUUUUAUGUGUGGAAUCAAUUACAAAUCCAUGACUGAGGCGUGUCUGGGUUUUGAGGACGGCGGAGGAAUUUAUUAGUGCCGUGAGGCAGCACACAGAAACAGAAGUGAUCUAACUUCUGCUGCACACACACACACACACACACACACACACACACCCCGAUAUCAGCAUGGUCAUCAUGAGAGAGGGAAGCACGGGCCAGGGCCGCCCGCUCCAAGUCGGCUUCUACGAAAUCAUCCGCACGCUGGGGAAGGGCAACUUCGCCGUGGUGAAACUGGCACGGCACAAAGUGACUAAGACACAGGUGGCCAUCAAAAUAAUCGAUAAGACGCGGCUGAACCCGUCCAACCUGGAGAAGGUCUACAGGGAGGUUCAGAUCAUGAAGCUGCUGAAUCAUCCGCACAUCAUCAAGCUGUAUCAGGUCAUGGAGACCAAAGAUAUGCUGUACAUCGUGACCGAGUAUGCAAAAAACGGAGAAAUGUUCGACUAUCUGACGUCGAACGGGAGGAUGAGCGAACCCGAGGCGCGGAGGAAAUUCUGGCAGAUCCUGACGGCCGUAGAUUACUGUCACCGGCAUCACAUCGUCCAUCGCGACCUGAAGACGGAGAACCUGCUCCUGGACGCCGACAUGAACAUCAAACUGGCAGACUUCGGCUUCGGAAACUUCUACAACGCCGGCGAGCCUCUGUCCACGUGGUGCGGCAGCCCGCCGUACGCCGCCCCCGAGGUCUUCGAGGGAAAGGAGUACGAGGGUCCCCAGCUGGACAUUUGGAGUUUAGGGGUCGUCCUGUACGUCCUGGUUUGCGGUUCUUUGCCGUUCGAUGGAGAUAGUUUACCCGCGCUGAGGCAGAGGGUGACGGAGGGACGCUUCAGAAUACCGUUCUUCAUGUCGGAAGACUGCGAGAACCUGAUCCGCAAGAUGCUGGUGGUGGACCCCGCCAAGAGGAUCGGCGUGGCCCAGAUCAAGCAGCACCGCUGGAUGCUGGCUGACCCCAGCGCCCCCCACCACACUCUCACGCACCCCCUGACCGACUACAACUCCAACCUGGGGGAUUACAGCCAGCCCGUCCUGGGCAUCAUGCACACGCUGGGCAUCGACCGCCAGAGAACCGUGGAGUCCCUCCAGAGCAGCAGCUACAAUCACUUCUCGGCCAUCUACUACCUGCUGCUGGAGCGCGUGAAGGAGCACCGCGGCCAGCAACUGAGCCGGCGGUGCGGAGCCUGGAGCCAGAGGAGCGGGAGCAUGCCGGACUCCUCGUCCAACCCCGAGGUGAUCGGCGAGCCGUCCGACAGCUUCCGGCCGGCGCUGCCCGUCGCCCCCGGCGUGAACCCUGCGCUCCACGCGCCGGUGGAGUGGGACCAAGGAGGGCUGUUUCAGAGGGUGGUGUGUCCGGUAGAGGCCAGUCUGAACGGGCUGCUCUGGAAUCGCUCCGUCUCGCCCAACAGUCUCCUGGAGACCACCAUCAGCGAGGAGGUCCGGCCUGGAGACCUAGAGGAGGAGGAGGGAGCGCUGCGGGCCUCGCCCCAGCUCCUACCCAACAACGCGUCCCGGAGGCACACGCUGGCCGAGGUCUCCGCCCGCUUCCAUCGCUGCUCCCCGCCAUGUAUCGUUAUCAGUCCCUCGGACGGGGCGUCGUCCGACAGCUGUCUGAGGUCCUCGUCGAACCCGAACCCGCCUCUGUGUAACGCGGCGGUGGACCUGUCGGCGCUCAUGGCUUCGGGCUUCAUGGCCGGCGCACCUCUUGCCCUGUCCUACAAUCGGCUCCUGCAGAACCAGGGCGGUCUGCACGCGGCCAGCUUUCAGGAGGGACGCAGAGCCUCCGACACCUCCCUCACGCAAGGACUGAAGGCUUUCCGCCAGCAGCUGAGGAAGAACUCUCGAACCAAAGGCCUCCUGGGCCUGAAUAAGAUCAAGGGUCUGGCCAGACAGGCGUGCCCUCCGACCUCGUGCCCCAGAGGCAGCCGGGGGUCGUCAGGCCCGACGCUGUGUUCGUCUUCUGGCCUGCAGGGCUCUGGGGGACCCCGGGAGCGCCGGAGCAUGCUGGAGGAGGUGCUGCAUCAGCAGAGGAUGCUGCAGAUCCAGCACCAGCCCCAGAUUCAGCCCCAGCAGCAGAGCCCUCUCUUCCUAUCCCAGUCCCACCAGCUGCCCCCCUCGCCUCCCCCGAACAGCCUGUUCGCCCCGGCCGCGGUGUUCUCCGACCCUCCCGUGCAGACCCCCGUCCAGCCGUCCGUCCCCGCGUGCCAUCAGAGCGCGGUACCCCUCCAGCGCAGACUGUGGCGGCGGCGGCCCCUCGACUCCUCGUCGUUCUGCACCCUCUCCCAGGUGGCGUCCACGGCACACCUGCUGGAGGCCCAGCUGCACAUCGGCCACGCGCGGCCUCGGCUCCAGAGCUUCGCGCAGGGGCACGUGUCCCUGCUGCCCCAGCAGACGGGGUGGAGCCUGGGCGGCGCCGGGGGCGGCGGGGGCUCCGAGCCACAGGAGCAGCUGACCCGCGCCGGACAGCAGCUCGGCAGCUGCGUCAUGGUGAAAUGACGGUAGCGGAAGACGAACCGAGAGUCAGAGGAGUCGUAGCUCGUCUCUCCACAACAUGCAAUUUCGGGACACGAGCCAGAAGGUGGAGAAGCAAUAACCAAACGUUCUGGAGGUCAGGCCCAGAGCAAUAACAGACUGAAAACCUCCUGCUGAUCCAGCACUAGGGCUCACACUCGCCUGACCUCCCUGUUUAAAGCGGUUGUCUUAGACAGGUGGAUUUAUUUAUUUAUUUAUUUACAUGUAUAAGUAUGUAGUGCGGUCACGUCUUCCUUAAACCUUAAAUUUUUACGUUUAAGACCAAAGUUUCCUUUUUCUCGUAGUUCAUACCAGUCAGAAUUGCAGUAUCAGAUCUAUCCUCAUUAUUAAGACUGCAGAGCAGCUUUAGUUAGGGUCAAAUAGUCACUCGUGGUACUUUAUGAUGAUAAACGAUAAAGAUGAUUAUAUGAUUAUAAUAUACGAGUAAGCUUCGAACCUUUUCGAACCCGAUUAUUAAUCAUGCCAUUCUUUUUAGCCACCGCUUCAUCCUGGUUAGUGUCGUGGUGGGUCCGGUUUCCAUGGAAACACUAGGCGCGAGGCAGGCACACGCGCCCCCGGACCGGGCGCCAAUCCAUCACGGGGCUUCCGUCCCCUCGGACGUCAUGACGGUCAUGCCUGUGAAGAUGCCUGACCGCCGAGAGAUUCGCACCCAAAAUUCGUCCUGGGUUCGAUCCCCAGGCGGGACGGUCCGGGUCCUCUCUGUGCGAAGUUUGCAUGUUCUCCCCGUGUCUGUGUGGGUUUCCUCCCACAGUCCAAAAACGUGCAGUCAGGUUAAUCGCCCUGUAGGUGAAUGGGUGCGUCUGCCCUGCGAUGGACUGGCGCCCCGUCCAGGGUGUCACUGUGUGCCUUGCGCCCAUUGAAAAGCUGGGAUAGGCUCCAGCACCCCAGCCCCCCCCACGAUCCUGAUUGGAUAAAUAUUUGUUAAAUAGAUGCUACCAAAAAACGAGAUGUGAUUGAUGUGAUUACCAUUUCAGAAUUCUUCAUUUAUUUUCAUUUCAAUUAGAAAUACAGCAGACAGGUAGGUAGGGUUUGGUCGUCCCGUCACUUAGACAUAGCCAGUCACGUCUGUGUAGAACGCCCAGACGGUGAUCCCAGACGUCCCAUACACUCUCUACGCCACACAAGGCGUUUAAAUAUUAAAUAAUAAACCUUAUUUGUGCCUAAUUUCAUGUACAAAUCAUCCGGAUCUUGUACGCGGUUUAUUCUUAAGAGAAACUAACCCAGCCUGUCAGUGUUCCACUAACGUCUUCGCUGCACGUCGUCGCCGCGUCCCAAAUUACAUACAACGAUCGCCGCAGCCUCCUUCUCUCCCUGCUAGUGUGCACUUUGGGAGAUGCUCUUGCUGCUAAACGUUUCUCUAAUAGAAAUGAUGCUGCCAUGACCAGGUACCAGGUGUGUGGACAGCGUGUGUAUUUAAUGGAACAAAGCGAACGGGAUUAGUGCAAUAUUUCACCGAGCUGCAGUACCAGGUGAAGAAGCUGAUGUAGGAAGCAGCAGGUACCCAGCACCGACGUGAAAACGGAUCCCGGGAUCUUCUGAAGCGGGCCGCCUCUGCGUCUCGGAUGCACGCCGGGGCGGGUCUCUGAUCCGAGCUGUAUUAACGGCUCUCUGCUGCGCGACUCGUAGCGCAUUCGCGGCUCAGAAGUAGCUGCCGCUCGUAGUAGAUGAAAAGCAAUCGAUUUAUUAUUAAGCUCGGGGGUCUCUUAUAUCUCAGGAGGGACCACUGCUGUUUUAUUAUACGUGUACUUUAUUCUCUUCACGACAUUCUGUAGCAAUAUAGCUGAAGUAGGCCGAGACUUUUAGCCGUGCUGGACAGACUAGGUGCUAGAAGUAGAUCUCAGACUUCUCUGUGUGUGUUUGUGUGUGUUUAUUUAUUUGUAAUAAUCGUGCGUUUAACAGCGUGUGUGAAUACAAAAAGCAAUCUGUGUAUGACUGUGGGGACGGUUAAAAUAAUAAUACAGGGUUUUUAUUAAACCAGCGACUGAAAUAUAUAAGCUGAAGGUGACGUGACGGUCGGAAACAGUGUUAAACUACCUUUUGUGUUCGUUUUAUUGGAAUAUUGUCGUAUUCGUAAACCUCUUGCACUCACCACCGACGCUCGUGCCUUUCUCUGAACGGAUCCCACGCAAUGUCGACUUCUGGUUUGAUUUCAGGACUUGAGAAAAGCACACCGAUCAAUGACGUGGUCCCUGGGCUUUCACCAGAUCAGAAACUCCACGCUUUAUAUGUUCGUUUUCUUUCCGUUUCAGAAUAAUGCACUUUACGAUGAGAGCAGUGUUGUUUCCACUGCUGGGUUAGAGACGUCUUUAGUGUUACUUAUGAUCACGAUUAGGUUACGAUUAAACACUAUUGUUUUUAAUGCAGAACUGUAAAUACAUCUUGUUUUGUUUGUUUGUUUGUUAAAUAUACCUGGAUGUAUGUCGUGUGCUUAAACCGUACGUGUGCCCUGAAUGUGUGAACGUGUGUGUAAAAGUGUGAGACUGAGCGAAAGACGUUUAUUUAAGUGGCUAUUUAUUUAAAUAAAAAAUUGAAUUCCUAAUA